UUGAAUUUUAAAUCUGUCGCCCUGCAAAAAGUGGAAAAUACCACCUAUCAUGUUCUUCCCGUGUAGGGGAAACUUUAGAUUUAUUCUAUUGAAAUUUAAACGUUGAAAUUUAGAUACUGAAACGUUGAUUUCCAUCCUACUCUCGUGUCCUAAUCUUAACAGUCAAUAAAAUACUAUCGUGUCUAAGUCAUUGAUUGGAAUUCUUCCUCAAUUUUCGCCACUCAAGGAGCCAUCUCGUAAUCCUAAUUGUGAGCACAAUUUGUUACGCAAGUAAACCGCAGUCAAAGUACAAGGUUAACUGAAGCGGCAAUACUUGACGUCAUACGUAAUUGGAAAACUGGUUUGUUCGAAAUGGUUGACCUCGGCUGAAACUAAACUUCCAAACCGACACGUGCCAGCAUGAUAGACGGAACUAUGUAGCUUGUGCAAGCAAGAAAUUCGUUCCGACGGAUAUUUAACGACGAAAUUACACACAGUUCGUUCGAUAGUUCUUUUGUGACUAGCAGAGAAGGUUGUGCAUUGACGCCAUUUGCAUAGUUUGCCUAACCGAUAGACGGUUUUGAUCGUACGUUAAACCAGGCAAAGGGAUAACAUUAAAUCGGUGUGGCCGGUGAACAGACAAGGGAGAAACGGCCCCGUAGUUGUUAAAGCAGCCAGGUUAAAAUCGCUGCUGGCCGACCAACGUCAUUGCACGAUCGAAGGUUUAUCGGAGUCUGCAGCAAAGGCUUUAAUAAUCAUCGUUGCCCUACCGCGUUCCAGACCAAAGUUUCGCUCAUCCUUCCACACUCUGCUGAAAUUUUGUCACGUAAUUAAGGCGCAGACUGACGCACGGUGGGAUUAAAGUUUCACCCCCUUCGUGCACAUACAUACGCCUGCCCUUUCUCCCUCUCUGUCUCUCGCUCCGUCCCUUGUUAUUUCGCCGUGUGCUCUGAUCUUCCGAUAUCCCCAGGAAGCUUAACCGACUGUAAUCUGUUCGGCGCCUCGCAACUUGCCGGCUGCCGGAUUUUCGCGACUCGAACGAUUACAGAAGGGCGAACGCGUGUUUAGAAUAUUAAUUGGCCCGGUUUAGAGAAAUCGGGGGUACGUGGCGUGCGAAACACGAGCUGCAAUCCCUUCGUAAUAACCGUGUAGCGUAUUCGUGCGGCAAUUUAAUCGUUCGCUGCGUUCUCUUCUGCUCGAACCUAACUUCUUGUCUUCGCUCCUAUUAUUCGUUGACGCUAAGUAUCUUUACUAAGAUACAGCGAUUCAAUCGGAACAAUAGACGUUCUUAUAUCGAAUGUUAUAAUUAGACCGCGGGUGACGAAGCGUUCGCAACGAAUUCGACGAUGCGCAAGUUUAUAAAUCAUUUAAUGAAAAAGGUACAAGAAAAAUCCACUGUGAAGCCUGUGUCACAAUAUUAGGAACAACUUUUACUAUUCUAUUUUAUUAACACGAACACUUCAAACGCCUUUUAAAAGUAGAUGAUAAAUCUAAUUUGUUCUGCAUUAAAUGAAUAACAUUGGUUGACUCGUUGUGUCAGUAUAAUUUGAUUUACAUUAGUCUGUGUUGAAUGAAAGUGCACACCAGUGACACCCACUUCAUACAGUGCCACGUGAAUCCAAUAUAAACAACAACGGACGCGUUACCACUCCAGCGAAGUAAGUAACGCCAAGGGCAGUCAUUUUGAAGAGGCAUCCUCACGUCAACAAACAAAGGUUCUACUUCUGAAAAGAAACGUCUUAGACGCCAGUCGAGACACACACCGUGACGAGCGACAUCCGAAUACACAACCACAGGUAAACUCGUUCAUUACAUUGUCAUACGAUCCGCUAACAAUGGAAGGCGCAGAUAAAAUUACCUCCUUGCAUCGAAAACGAGGCUUCCAAAUCGGUCGAUUUACGACCCUAUCAAAACGACUCGACGAGUACGAACAAUCUAACAGACGAAACAAGGCCUCUUUGACGGCGUAUAACUCAUUACUCGACGAUACGUGGAAGCAGUAUAGAGCAUUGCAAGAUGAAUUAGAAGAUUUAGGCGAGCGGGACGACGCGCGCGUUUCCGAGAUAACCGAUAUCUAUUACGAUCUGGUAGUUCGUUUACACACUCUCAUGGAUGACGCACCAGCAUCAUCGUCGUCGAAAUCGCCAAGAAGCGAUUCGCCCAACAUCGCUGAGCCGACGGAAAUUAAACUACCAAAGAUUCAGUUACCUACUUUCGACGGUGCCAUCGAGAAUUGGCAUUCUUUCUAUGACGCAUUUUCGUCCACGAUAGAUCGAAGCGAUCGACUCACUGCCACACAAAAAUUCCACUACCUUCGAUCUUCUUUAACCGGAAGGGCCGCGCGAAGCAUCCAAUCGUUGGACGUUACGGAAAUUAAUUAUCCCAUCGCGAUUGAUAUUCUGAAGGACAAAUUCGACUGCCACCGUCAAGUCUGCAUGCGUCAUUGGGACUUGAUAUUCGAAUAUCCAAAAAUAAACAAGGAGACACCCGAGGCAAUCGAAGAUUUUCUGGAGACGGUCAAGGCAAAUCUCCAAGCCUUGGAGAAGCUAGUUUAUGGCGUCGGUGUCCUCUGAUGUCGAUCUGCUUGGUAGUGGUACCAUCCGCUUGAUGCUCCGAUCCAAUGGCCACUGCAUUGGGGGGACGUUGUCUUCUCUGAGUAUGACGAUGGUGCCUUCUCGUAUGCCGUGACUCCCCUUGCUCCAUUUGUUCCGAAUGUUUAGCUCGUUGAGAUAUUCUCGAUGCCAACG